CUGGCAGCGACAUGGGCGAGCGCCGCGCUGUCGCCAGGGACGCGCUCAACGACCUCCUCGGCCCGUGCAAGGAUCUGCUUGCCAGCGCCGUCUCGUACUUCGACGCGCAGAAGCCCCGGCGCGCGCUCGCGACCCAGCCAGCGGUCGCCACGGUGAUGAGCCAAACCAUGAUGUCAUUAUUCGGCCAGCUAUCCGAGUGCAAGGGCAUCGUCAAAGACGCGGCAGAUGGCGCAGGGGCGAUGUCCACAGCAGCAGCAAUGAACCUCAACCUAUCAGCGCCUAGCGCGCGGUCCCACGCCCUCCGUGUCUACGAGAAGGUUAUCAGUGGAGGACACGAAGAGUUGGGCCCCGAGGUCGCCAGAUCUGCCAAGUUGAACCGUCCGGCGCGCAGGCUCUUCUUCGUGAUUCGCGUGCGGAUGUUGACCUAUGUAAUCGAGGGUUUGGGGCAGCAGACCUACUUGAGGCAGGCCAAGGAGAGCUCGGCCAGGCACGGCGCCGACGGCGACGAAACGUGGGCGCCGACCGGAGAGCUGAAGUCUCUCUUUGGCGCGUUCGACACGUCUGCGAAGACAUUCUCCGACUUCUUCAUGGAGUUCAGCAGCGUGGCUCUGGGCAUGCACGCGCGCUGCUUGGAGGACGACGGCAAGAAGUACGAGGAGGAGAAGAACGUCUUCCGCGCGAGCUUCAUGAAGUUCAACAAGGCCGCCGACCUGUUGGCGAUCAUCGGGCCGUCUUUGCAGCAGCCCAUCGAGAUCCCCGAGAACUUGCAUCUCCCCGCAGCUCAAG